GCAUCUUUCCUUCUAUAGUUGCAUCAAGUCUUCACAUCCUUCAUUACUUCUAUAUGAGAGUAGACUGUGCGAAAAUAGAGAACUCUGUUUUGUACCCUCUUCGCUGUCGCUCUUUUACAGUUUUUGCAUACACUCGCUAUCUCCUACACCACCCGUUGUCGAAGCCGCACCCCUAUUUCACCUUCCCGGAUACAAACAGCAAUUGCUGGAUCCAAACUCCAUUUUUACACGAAAAACCACGUUUACCUGUCUUUGAUAAGGCAAAGCCCGCUUCGACACGCCCAGGCCGACCAUCACCCAGAAAUUGGUCCGCAAAUGCCUUCAGGGGUCCAUUGAGCUGUUUACCUUGUCGCCACCGCUUUCGCUCAUUACCAUUCACUUCUUUUACUCAAAUCACUGGCCUACCGCCUCAUAACCUUAGGGAGUUCCUCAGUCCUUUCUCCACAGUAUCAACAGUCUUUGCUAGCUCACAAACUCCGACUGCAAUUAGCAAUAAUCUUCAAGCCUCAUACAUCAUGGCUAAGCCACUCGAAGGUACCACUUCUAGCUCCUCACUCUCAUCAAUUUCUGACUAAGUAAACAUAG